GCGCUAAGCGUCUGCGCGGCUCAACAGGCGCCCAGUUACCGGGAAAAAGUUGACGUUCAUUCGACAAUCACCAAAACACUCCUCUGGUUGUGUCCCCAACCCGCAACGAUACUCGACAAUGUUCGGCGCAUUCCGCAUCACAAAUCCUCUCUCAAGUGGUCUUCUUUGGAAGAUACCCUGGCGGUUGUCCAAAUUCCAGAAACGCCGCCACCGACUUCGCCUCCGAGCUGUCGACAAUGUUGUAGCAACCGUUGAUGCCGCUCUCGCCAAGAAGGGACAGACCCUCGAGGCUCUUGAGCGAUGGAAGGCCGAGAUGCCCACCGAGGCGGAGAUGCUUCCAAAGGACAAAUACACCAUGUUUGACCGCAAAGCUAAGCGUUACCGCAAGGGCAUUCACAAGCUGCCCAAGUGGACAAGGGUAUCCCAACGAAUCAAUCCUCCUGGUUACUAAAAAGGCGAUUAUACAGAAUUGGAGGAGCAGGACAAUCGAGAGUUGAGGAUCGAUCGGAGAACGGCGUAUUCAUCCCAUGGCGGGAAUUGCAGGCAGAUCCGCAUUGGGAUCUAUGUACAACACCUAUGUUUCAACUACGAACUUGAGAGGCAAUGUUACGACAACUUUUUCCGAUAUGAUACAAACCGAAUGGCUUUGGAGACAGUCUCGGAUGUUGGUGAAGGAGCAGACCAGUGGUAUACAUUGGGAUAGAAAACAAGGAAAGAAAUACCAUAUAUGCACAUAGAAGAGGG